AUGUUAGAACUCGCUGAAAUAGCUCCUCCUCUGGCUCCUCCUCUGGCUCCUCCUCUGGCUCUCGCUCUGGCUCCUGCUCUGGCUCCUGCUCUGGCUCCUGCUCUGGCUCCUGCUCUGGCUCUGGCUCCUGCUCUGGCUCCUGCUCUGGCUCUUGCUCUGGCUCCUGCUCUGGCUCCUGCUCUGGCUCCUGCUCUGGCUCUGGCUCCUGCUCUGGCUCCUGCUCUGGCUCUGCUCUCUGCUCUGGCUCCUGCUCUGGCUCUGGCUCCCGCUCUGGCUCCUCCUCUGGCUCCUCCUCUGGCUCCUCCUCUGGCUCUCGCUCUGGCUCCUGCUCUGGCUCCUGCUCUGGCUCCUGCUCUGGCUCCUGCUCUGGCUCCUGCUCUGGCUCUGGCUCCUGCUCUGGCUCCUGCUCUGGCUCCUGCUCUGGCUCCUGCUCUGGCUCCUGCUCUGGCUCUGGCUCCUGCUCUGGCUCUGCUCUGGCUCUGGCUCCUGCUCUGGCUCUGGCUCUGCUCUGGCUCUGGCUCCCGCUCUGGCUCCUCCUCUGGCUCCUCCUCUGGCUCCUCCACUGGCUCUCGCUCUGGCUCCUGCUCUGGCUCUGCUCUGCUCUGGCUCCUGCUCUGGCUCCUGCUCUGGCUCUGCUCUGGCUCUGGCUGCCUGCUCUGGCUCCUGCUCUGGCUCCUGCUCUGGCUCCUGCUCUGGCUCCUGCUCUGGCUCUGGCUCCUGCUCUGGCUCCUGCUCUGGCUCUGGCUCCUGCUCUGGCUCUGGCUCCUGCUCUGGCUCUCGCUCUGGCUCCUGCUCUGGCUCCUGCUCUGGCUCCUGCUCUGGCUGCUCCUGCUCUGGCUCCUGCUCCUGGCUCCUGCUCUGGCUCUGGCUCCUGCUCUGGCUCCUGCUCUGGCUCCUGCUCUGGCUCCUGCUCUGGCUCCUGCCUGCUCUGGCUCUGGCUCUGGCUCUGCUCUGGCUCUGGCUCUGGCUCCUGCUCUGGCUCCUGCUCUGGCUCCUGCUCUGGCUCUGGCUCCUGCUCUGGCUCUGGCUCCCGCUCUAGCUCCUCCUCUGGCUCCUCCUCUGGCUCCUCCUCUGGCUCUCGCUCUGGCUCCUGCUCUGGCUCCUGCUCUGGCUCCUGCUCUGGCUCCUGCUCUGGCUCCUGCUCUGGCUCCUGCUCUGGCUCCUGCUCUGGCUCUUGCUCUGGCUCCUGCUCUGGCUCCUGCUCUGGCUCCUGCUCUGGCUCUGGCUCCUGCUCUGGCUCCUGCUCUGGCUCCUGCUCUGGCUCCUGCUCUGGCUCCUGCUCCGCCUACGCCCCAUUCACCACCAGUGCUUGACCCCGGGGGAUUUGAGAUAAUCUUCAGCUACAAUUGA